AUGGAUUCUCUUAAGCUUCAUAAUUCGCUGAAGCCCGGUGCGCCGGUGCCCUUUGUUCCAAUCAAGAAAGGAGAGGUGUCCUGGUACGUCUGCGGUCCGACUGUGUACGACAAGAGCCAUCUGGGACACGCGCGCAACUAUGUGUCUACAGAUAUUAUUCGGCGCAUCCUGAUGCAUUACUUUGGCUUCAAGCUUAACUUUGUCAUGAACAUUACAGACAUUGACGACAAGAUCAUCAUCAAGGCUCGACGACAGCGAUUGCUCGAGAUCGAAAAGAACAAGAGCUACUCCCAGGAAGAGCUCCUAAAGCUGACACGUACAGCUUUCAAAGCUUAUGCAGCUAGCAGCUUGCCAUUACUUUUGGAGAAUGGAAACGACUUGGACGAGACCACUUACACUGCUCAACGAGACGCAGCAUACGGCAAGGUCCUUGCUGGAGGCACUCUGACUGGAGAAGGAAAGCCAAGCGAUGCUGAAGCUAAGACCAAGAUGCACAUCAGCAACAUGGAUGCGGCGGCGAACGCUCUCAAGACCGGCUCGAUAUUCCCCGGAGCCGACGAGAUCUUCCUCCCUUAUCUCGACUCUCUCUACAAGGAAUCCGUUGACACAAGGGACCAGAGCAUGUUCACAGACUUGACAAAGAGCAUGGAGGAUUCAUUCAUGGCUGACAUGGAUGCGCUCAAUGUCCUCAGACCUGAUCAUAUUACACGAGUUACUGCAUACGUCCCGCAGAUUGCAAAAUUUGUGGAAACUAUUGUGGACAAGGGAUUUGCGUAUGAGUCCGAGGGAUCUGUUUAUUUCGAUAUUGCCGCUUUUGAAAAGGCCGGAAACUCUUAUGCGCGACUACGACCGGAAAGCAAAAACGACAAAGCUCUUCAAGAGGAGGGCGAGGGAUCUUUGUCGAAGAACCUGGGAGGCAAGAAGGGCGCUGGCGAUUUUGCUCUCUGGAAAAAGUCAAAGGCUGGAGAGCCAUUCUGGCCUAGCAAAUGGGGUGAUGGUAGACCAGGCUGGCACAUCGAGUGCUCAGUGAUGGCAUCUGAUAUUCUGGGUUCGCAGAUGGAUAUCCACUCUGGCGGUAUUGAUCUUGCUUUCCCUCAUCACGACAACGAGCUGGCACAGAGCGAGGCUUACUUCUGCGAACACGGCAAAGGCGAGCACACUUGGGUGAGGUACUUCCUUCACAUGGGUCAUCUCUCCAUUUCUGGUUCGAAAAUGUCCAAGUCUUUGAAAAACUUCCAGACCAUCCAGGACGCAUUGGCUACCAGCUAUACAUCGCGAAGCAUGCGUAUUGUGUUCCUGAUGGGCAAGUGGAAUGAUGGCGUUGAAAUCUCGCCAGAUAUGAGGGCUCAGGCUGACAACUGGGAGUCGACGAUCAGCAACUUUUUCACAAACACAAAGUCAUGGCUGGCCGAGGCAGGCAUCGAGAGCGGCGUAAAAGCUCUGAAUAUCAGCUCAGACAAGCCUGCUACCGGCCUCUUGGCCGAGCUUGAGCAGGCUAAGAAGGAGGUGGAGGCGGCGCUCACAAACUCGAUUGAUACCCCGCGAGCAAUGCUUGUCAUCCUGAAGCUGGUUAACACGACCAACAGCUACCUGAAAGACAACAAAGAUACAGAUCUCGCUGAAGUUGAGGCUAUUGCCCGCUGGAUCACAAAGCUGGUUGGCAUCUUUGGCCUUGAUACCAAUGCUCAACCCCCCUACGAAGGCCUUGGCUGGGCAUCUGUUAUUUCCGAGAACACAGAUCCUGAGACUGCCGUCAAGCCCUAUGCUGCAGUACUCGAGCAGGUCAAGUCAGACAUUGCGGCCCUCGCACUGUCCAAUGAGACCGUCUCAGCACUUCUUGCCAAAGAUCCUGCAUCUGAGUUCCAAGCUAUUGCUCAGGGAGGUUCUCGUGAUAUCGAGAGACUGUCGCUGCCUUACCUGAGAGUAGUAUCUCAAAUCCGUGAUGGGCUUCGUCGCACGGUCUCCACUUACGAUCCUCAAACCAAGAAAGCCAUUUUGCAAAUCACCGAUCGAAUCCGUGAUCAAGAUCUGACCAACCUUGGCGUUUACCUUGAUGACCGGCCCGAUAACCAGCCAUCUCUCAUCAAGUUUGUUCCUGCUGCAGAGCUUAUCGCGGCUCGAGAGGAGAAGAUUGCACGAGAAGCCGAGAAGGCAAGGAAGAAGGAGGAAGCAAGGCUUGCUAAGGAAAAGGCAGAUCAAGAGGCUAGAGAAAAGGCAAAGGUUCCACCUGAGGACUUAUUCAAAAACGACGAGCGCUACAGUGCCUGGGACGAGCAGGGCAUUCCUACCAAGCUUAAGGACGGAAGCGAUGUGCCCAAGAGCCAGCUUAAGAACCUUAAGAAGGCAUGGGAGAAGCAAAAGAAGAUUCAUGAAGAUUUGAAGGCCAAGGGUGGGCUCUGA